CAGAACCUCUCAGUGGUGCGACGCACUGCCAUCAAGCGAAACACGGGAAACAUGUAACGCGCAAGUAGAAGCAAUACACCAUUUUAUGUCAUGGUAUGUGAAGGUGUAUAGGAAUACGUCUUUCGUAGGUUAAAUCUGAUGCGUAAAAGAGCAGCAGAGAUAUUCGAAUAGACGCGAAACCUGCUGCGUAUAAAAGUGGGAGGAAAAUAAAGUUUUGGAGGUGCUGAAAUGUUUUUGAUUCUAACAGAAGAGGCGAUUUAUGUUAGGGGUGGGAAUACAAUUUAAGAAAGUGAAAGACGCCAUUCUGUAUCAAUGCUAAUUGACAGGCGCAACUUUAGGCGAUGGCGACCCAGACGGAAGAGAAAGCGCACAGUGACCUAACGAAUACGGGACAGUGAGCUAGGCCCAUGGCUGUACAAGCCAUUGAGACCCGCCCAACAAUCGAAUAAUAUCCCGGUGAACUUGGGGAAAGGGAAGAGAUUGGACAGCUAGCUUUACGCAGCGCAACGAACUGAACAUAUACCCCGACUUCACUACAAGCAACUGAGAAGUGGAACUACGUCUGCUGUGCGUAAAUUGGAGACGACACUGCUUGUUAUGAUGAACAACGUUAUCUAAAGGACGGCGAUAAAGGUAAAUACAGCCAGUUGAUGUGGCCAAAGCACUCUGGCAAGCUACUCCUGCGGCAACACGGCUGCCUUAUUUCACAGCAAAGCAAGAGACGGAGGGAGUGAACAAUUUUGUCGUUUACAUUUUCAUAUCUACCUUUUAUCAGUAUGGGCGAGAAAGUCGACUUGAGACGAUCGACUCCAGUGGAGGGCUGUUUGGUCGACGGGGAGAGCAGCGACCUCAGCGUGCUGAACUGGGAACAAGUGCAGCGCCUGGACGCCAUCCUGGCUGGGUCCAUCCCCAUCCACGGCCGCUGGAACUUCCCAACCCUGGAGAUUAAACCGCGGGACAUAGUCAAAGUGGUCCGGUGUCGCAUGGAGGAAAAACGCAUACAUGUCCGGGAAGUCCGCCUGAACGGUUCCGCGGCCAGCCAUGUUCUCCACGAGGACAGCGGUUUGGGAUGGAAGGAUCUGGACCUGAUAUUCUGUGCCGACAUGAAAGGCGAACUAGAGUUUCAGACGGUGAAGGAUAUAGUUCUUGACGCUCUACUAGACUUCUUACCCGAGGGAGUGAACAAGGAGAAGAUCACACCAGUGACCUUAAAGGAGGCCUAUGUGCAGAAGAUGGUGAAGGUGUGUAAUGACUCAGACCGCUGGAGCCUCAUCUCCCUCUCCAACAACAGAGGCAAGAAUGUGGAGUUAAAGUUUGUGGACUCUCUGCGUCGCCAGUUUGAGUUCAGCGUGGACUCCUUCCAGAUUCGCCUGGAUUCCCUUCUCCUCUUCUACGAGUGCUCCGAGCACCCCAUGGCAGCCACCUUCCACCCCACCAUCCUGGGAGAGAGCGUCUAUGGUGAUUUCUCCGCCGCCCUCGACCAUCUACGCAAACGCCUCAUCUGCACGCGGAGCCCUGAGGAGAUUCGCGGUGGUGGUCUACUGAAAUACUGCCAUCUGCUGGUCCGGGGUUUCUGUGCGGCUUCCGGACCCGAAAUGAAACUUCUGCAGCGCUACAUGUGCUCCAGGUUCUUCAUAGACUUCCCAGAGGUGGGCGAGCAGAGGAGGAAGCUGGAAUCCUACCUCCAGAACCACUUUGUGGGUCUCGAGGACAGGAAAUACGACUAUCUGGCCACUCUGCAUGGAGUAGUGCGGGAGAGCACAGUGUGCCUGAUGGGCCACGAGAGGAGACAGACACUGGGCCUCAUCUCCUCCCUGGCCCUUCGGGUCCUUGCCGAGCAGAAUGUUAUCCCCAACACGGCCAACGUCACCUGCUACUACCAGCCGGCCCCUUACGUCGCAGACGGUAACUUCAGCAACUACUACGUGGCCCAGGUGCAGCACGUUUACCCGCAUUACCCCCCUCAGCAUUACCCCCCUCAGCAUUACCCACCUCAGCAUUACCCCCCUCAGCAGUACCCACCUCAGCAGUACCCACCUCAGCAGUACCCACCUCAACAACACCCUCCGUCACAGUAUCCCCUUCCACACCAUCCACCUCCACACCACCCCAUGUACACUGCAUGGAUGCCCUGCAACUGAGUGUGUGUGGACACACACAUACACACAGUCACUCAUGGAACAACAGGAUUCUCAUCCUAACGAAUGGAUAGAUCACAGCAUGAUCAUGGUUCCUCUCUGUAUUCUGAUAGAGAGAUAAAGACGGGUGUAGUUUUGCUUUGGUUUCGAGCAGGAUGGAUGGGAGAGAAAAGGCCACUUGGAUGUGGUCAGACCCUGGAGAGAAGGCUUUCAUACAGGGCAGAAAGCCAGCUGUGGAGGAGAGGAGGGUAAAAAGAGGCGAGCCAGAAGAAUGCUGAUCUAAGAUGAUGCUGAGGUUGAAGCCAGGAGGCCAGUUUGUCCAUGGCUAUUUGCCAGGCCUAGAAGCCAGGCACCUUGCUGAACAACCAAGCACCCCCACAGAGUGACAAGUAUAGGAACAUUUGGCUUAGGGCUAAAUACUACCAGUGUUGAUGCAGUGAAAUAAUGUACAUAACCACCGUGAUAGUGGUUAUGUUUUUACAAGCAGUGACUUGUAUUCGAGACUCACGCUUGAAUGUACAUACACAGUAUACUGCCUAACACUCAUACAUGUAUACAAACACAGACACACUAUUAAACAUCUCACACCCCAGACAUUGCAUACAUUUACAUAGGCACACACUGAGUGUGCGGUGAAAGAAAGUGAUCACAGAGAAUACAGGAAGUUGUGUACAUGUCCUGAUUGGUUGGCUAAUAAGACAGAGCGUUGACAUUUCUCUGACCAGUGAAAACAAGAAGUGUGAGAGUCUGACUGCAGACAAUGCAAAAGAUGAACUGGACAUAGUUUACAAACCAAAGAUCUAUCUUGUCGAUACCCACCAUUUGGCUGAUCAUGGGGGAAAAUAUGCAAUAUGUAUGUGAAUAUUUUGCUUUAAGUGCCUACAUGUCUAAAAGGAAGAAAUAGGUUGUUAUAUUUUGUCAAUAAACCCAGGCCUGUUCAUUUUAGACAAAGGACCAUGGGCCUUUUUUAGGGUGAUAGUGUGUUACCUGUGUAAAUGAAUGUAUUUUGGACCAGAAAGGGACACAAUGUGGAGUUGUUAUUGAAGUAGAGGGACACGGUUGGGACCUUUGACUUGGUGUGUUUCAUAUCUCCCAACUCAAGAAUGUAUAAUUGGAUGACGAGAGGGACAUGGGUUAGAGUGCAAAAGAAAGUAAGUGAGAGAAGGAGUUUACAAGGAGAGUAUGUCAACAGAGCGUACUGUAGGUGUUUUUACCAGUAGAGAGAGCGUCCUGAAAGUGUAUUUCGGAAAUAUCUUUUAGAGUGUGUAUGGGAAAUGUCUUUUAGAGUGUGUAUGGGAAAUGUCUUUUAGAGUGUGUAUGGGAAAUGUCUUUUAGAGUGUGUAUGGGAAAUGUCUUUUAGAGUGUGUAUGGGAAAUGUGUUUUUUCACAAGGUGGAAAUUGUCCUUUGCCAUUUUCUUCUUUGUGACAUUUCUAAUGUUUUAUUUGGGAGAGGUUUCCAUGUGACGUGAGAAAGGGCGAGCGUGAGCAUUUUCACCUGUGCAAAGUUUGCACCUGUAAUCUUUUAAGUAAUUAAACAUAAAAUAAAGAACAAAGUAAAGAUUAAGAGAAGGAUAACUAAGUUAACAUCUCAAUAAAGGUAUUUUUUUAAAUUAUCUUGUAUUCCCCUUAUAAAGAUGUUGGGUGCAAACUUUGAGCAGGUGAAAAUAUUGGGUUAAACUAACCCUAUCAAUGCAGACACCUCACAUCAUUCUAUUAAACCUGUUCUUGGAUAUCUUA